GUCAUUUGAAAUGGCAGAUUUGUCACAGAUGUUGAUUUUGAGAUUCAAUUCUAUAUUUUGCGAAAUUAACACAAGUUAUACCUAAAAUUUCUAAUUAGCUCCAUUGAAAGUGUGUAAUAAACUAAAUGUUUAGUAAAUAUAACAAGCCGGAAUUUAUGCAGAUACAGUACAUUAGUGAUAAAGUGAUUCACCGUGAGUGCUGUAAAUAACAUUUGGAGAAUUAUUUUUAUCUUGGAAUCGAUACGAAACUAAAGAUAUUUGCGGUUUCUUAAAGUAUACUUGAUUUACAUUAUCACUAUGUUAACAUAUUUAUGAGCUGACCGAUAAUCAUAAGCAUGUCGACGAUGGAGCGUGAGAGCCUCGGCGGGGUGAGCAUGGGAGGGGUGAGCCAGGGCGGGGUGAGCACCACCUCCACGGACCCUCGCUCGCAGCUGCUCCAGGAGAUGCGAGAGCAGAACUUUGACCUCAUUCGGUUUGCGUCAUACAGGACCGCCUGCAAGCUGCGCUAUGUGCAGAAGAAGUGUAACUUGCACGUAAUCGACAUAUGGAACGUCAUAGAAGCGUUCCGAGAGAACUCCCUCAACACGAUGGAGCCGGGGGCGUGUGUGAAUGUCACUAGACUGGAGACGCUGGUCUCCUCGCUGUACCACAACUUGAACAAGCGCCUGCCGCCGGCGCACCAGGUGGCCGUGGACGCGUGUGCUGCCCUGCUGUUGAAUUGGCUACUAGAUGCUACUACUGACGGUGAGGACGUGGGCAAGAUCCGCGUGUUCUCCAUCAAGGUGGCGCUCGCGACCAUGUGCGCCGGGAAACUCACCGACAAACUACGAUACAUGUUCUCCCAGCUCUCCGACAGCAACGGCCACCUGCUCAUGAAGCGUCUCUCCGUAUACCUGCGCGCCGUGCUAGCCCUGCCGGCGGCGGUGUACGAGUCACCGUCCUUCAGCUACAGCGACGCGCUGCCAAGAGCCAUGUUCAACCAGAACACAAAGAUCACGGUGAACGACUUCCUAGACACGCUGAUGUCGGAGCCGGGCCCGCCCUCGCUGGUGUGGCUGCCGCUGCUGCACCGCCUGGCUAGCGUCGAGAACGUGGUCCACCCCUGCGCUUGCACGGCCUGUCGGCGCCAGCCACUCUGCGGGUUCCGCUACCGCUGCACCCGCUGCGCCAACUACACGCUCUGCCAGGACUGCUUCUGGCGCGGCCGGGUGUCGCACACGCACACCAUAGAGCACGAGCUCAAGGAGUACUCCACCUAUAAAUCCCCGUCGAAGCAGCUCGGAGCCACUCUUCGCGCGUCGUUCCGCUGCGUGCCGGAGCGAGCCCGGGCCGCCCUGCCGCGCUACCCCGAGCAGCCCGAGCGGACUCUUGACCUCAGCCAUAUUGUGCCGCCGUCGCCGGUGCCGGCGCACAAUGGUUUCCCGGAGUAUGCUCCGGGGUACGUCAACACGGGAUCACUGGACUCGCGGUCUUCGCGCUCCACGCAUCGCAGUAUAGUGGACCACCUGUCCCGCGGCGUGGACGACGAGCACCGCCUCAUUGCGAGAUACGCGGCUCGGCUUGCGCAGGAGAACAGGACUAUGCCUCGAGCUGGCAGAUCGGCCUCAUUAACGCCAGAGUUGGGUCGCUCCUCGUCCGAGGGCUCGGAGGUGGACUGCGCGCGGCAGCAGCGCGAGCUCAUCACGCAGCUGGAGGCCAAGAACAGGGAGAUCAUGAGGGAGAUCGCCAGGCUCCGCCGCCAACAAGAGGCAGAAGCUUCUUCCGGGCAGCCGGCUUCCGCCCCGCCGCUGGUGUCGGAGCUGCGCCUGCUGCGGCAGCGCAAGGGCGAGCUGGAGACGCAGCUGUGCGCGCUGCAGGAGUCGCGCAAGCACCUCAUGCACCAGCUCGAGUCGCUCAUGACCAUGCUCAAGACGCAGCAAUCAUCCCCGCGGUCCACUCCCAACUCGUCGCCGCGCUCCACCAAGAGCCCGCCGCUGCCGGGCGCGCCGCAGCAGCCCUCCGCGCCGCCUGAACGAGAGGCGAACCAGCGCGGCAUGGUGCGCAGCGCGCCGCAGACGCCGUCGCUCGGCGAGCGGGAGCGCAUGGAGAACGCCAUGACGCAUAGCUUGGGUAUGGAAGGCAUGGGUGAUGGCCGGAACUAUCACCCGAACCAAAGACCGACGACAAUGGGCAUAGACAACCGCGGCAUGCGCACAGACCUGAUGUUCGCGGCGGACUCCGUCACCAACGCCAUGUCCACGCUCGUCCGGGAACUCAACUCCGAAGGGUCGGACACUGAGGAUACAGUUAAGGGCGCCGCGGGAGCGAGGAAGCAUAGAGAUUUCGAGGAGGACGACGAUAGCGACGAGCCCAUGCCGCGCCCGCAGCCGCCGCGCCACUACAUCCACGAUAACAAUGUACAAGACACGCCCCCUCCCCUGCCGUCGCGCGGCGCGUACUUCGCGCGGCCCUAGUGAGCGCGCUGGCGCCGCCCGCUGCUGGCCGCGCUGCGCUCCGCCGCGCUGCUGCUGCUCAUCUACCUCGCCGCCGAGAUGUUGCAACACUAGCCCCACGGACAGACCUUUCUACAGGUACAAGAAUCACGUUUCUACGACUUAGGAUAGCUGAGAUAAACCCGUGUUUGUAAAAUUAGUAAAUUCGUAAAUUUAAUGUUUCAUCUUUGGUGUAAAUGUUGUUUGUGUCUCAACGUUGAGAUGUGGCAACCCUAGCCCUACACAAAACCAUGUUUCCACCUUUCUAAAGGUACAAGAAUCACGUUUCUACGACUUAGGAUAGCUGAGAUAAACCCGUGUUUGUAAAAUUACUUAAUUCGAAAAUUUCAUGUAUCUGGUUUGGUCUAAUUGUUGUUAGUAUCUUAAUGUUGAGAUGUGGCAAACACUAGUGCCACGGACAGAACACAUUUGUACCUUUCCAAAGGUACAAUAAUCAUGUUUCUACGACUUAGGAUAGCUGAGAUAAAACCUUGUUUGUAAAAUGUAGAGUUUCUAAAUGUACCGUUUUAAGGCUGCGUCAUUACAAUUCAAAUGUUUGAAUGUUAAGAUGUUUUA